GCUGCGUCAGGGAUCUUUUAACCAGAAGACUAUAGAAUCGCGAUCUUGCGCACAUUUUUGUUUCUUUCGUUUAGAUUUUAGAGAUAGGGAUUAGGGAACAGUUGGAGGAGCGAGACCUGAGCAUUUUUCUUCGAUUACAGAUGUGUAAAUAAUGGCCUUCCAGUUAGAUGAUCUUUUGAAAGAGGACAAGAAGGAUGCUAAUUUGUUACCUGAUCUGAGCAAGGCAACCUGCAGUUCUCAAGAGGAGUUUCGACGAAUCCUUGAGAACUGCCCUGAAUUCAAAAUUAAAACAGAAAAGGUGAAGAAGGAUGACGCAAAGGUGCGCGACAAAGAAUUUUCCUGGAAACCAAGCAAGAAAGAGCUGAAAGCCCUUGGAAGAGAAUGGAACUAUGGGAAUCCAGUGCCUCCAGAUAUGAGAGGUCUGAAUCUUCGAGAAUUGCAACAGGUUGCCAUAGAUUGGAGGAUGCUGACGUCUGUGAGGCCAAAGCAUCGACAGGAUGAAGAAAUGUUCUCGAGAUUGGUGGAGAUGGGGAAAUUGGAAGCGAAGACAAUAGCCAAAGAACGUCGAUCGACUAUAAGCCCCAUCAGACGCAGCAAAAACCGGGCUGGCAUAAUCGAAAGUAGCGUAAAGAUUUGUACAGAGUGCGGCGAAGAGUUUUGUUAUGGCGAAUUCUGCGGUGAUGUCCUCUACGACUCGUUUGUAAGAGUCACUGUUACCUCUAAGCAAACCAAAGUCAAAAUAUCUGCGGACACAGAGGCGAUAAUAGCCAAGAUGGAUGAUAAGAAGAAGCGCAAGAAAAAGAAGAGAAUUAAGAGCAAAAGCAGAACUCCUAGAAAGACUGCUAGGCUACUGAUUCGCAGAAACAAGUCAAUGAGCAACGACAUGGAAAGCAGCAACGAUCAGAAAAACUGCGUUUCGAAGCCAAUUAAACCAUUUAAGAGAAAAUGUAGCAAAUAUACUAAGAAAGGACUGCGGAAAUAGUGGAAAUGCGCCAACAGAAAAUGAUUAGAAAAUUAAUAUGUAACAAGUUAACAAUGCAACGACUCCUAAUAACGUUAAUGUAAGCAUGUGAUUCAACUUGUUAAGGAACGUGGACGAUAACAAUAUAAUUGUGUUAUAACUGAUUAGAAUAAAAUGAACGUGUUAAUCAUGUUAUUCGAAUGGAUUUAUUAAUAAACGGUUAGAGUAGAUUAAACGCAGCGUGUCGUUUAUUGUGAAACCAGGAAAUAAACAAUCAAAAAGAUGGAGGAAUGCUCGAUGAAAAAGUAAAAUAAGAAACCAAGUUUUGCAUGUUUUAUUUGUCUAUAUUCUGUGGUCCCUCGAAACGACAUUCUACUAUUCGAAUAACUAUAAAGAAACUAUAAUCCUCAUCGUACAAUGUCUAAAUUUGUAGCGAUAGCGUACGAAAACAUUAUAAUGAUAGUAGCAGAUGGGCCCAGUAAAUGGUUGCGAGUGAAUGCUGGAAAAAUAUCAUUUUUAUUCCUUUACCUGUUUCUGUAUCUCCCUCUUUCUAUCUUGUUAUCCAACUCUGUUUUGCAUUGUAAAAGGAGAAAUGUUCUACCACCGUACGCUAAUCUCAAGUUAUCUUGCGUUAGAUAUUUGGAAAUGUAUCCGAUGCAACCUUUU